AGAGAAAUCAUAGAAGAUCAAAAGAAAAUAGUAAAGGAAAUGAUCAUGGUAGCUUUGUGGUGCACACAAAUGAGGCCAAUGGACCGUCCUUCAAUGCACAAAGUUGUGGAAAUGCUUGAAGCAGAACUUAAAAGAUUGCAAAUUCCCCUAAUGCCUUUGCAAUUUUAUCCUCAUGAAAUUCAAGAAGAUGGUUCUACAAAGGAAACCAACAUCACAGAGUUGUCUAGUUCUUGGUUAUGCAAUCUUAUGGCGUGUGGGACCAGUGCUAUUGGAAUUUCGAGUUCCAAUAUAUUUUUGGUGUAUAAAUGGCAAAGAAGCCAUUUAUUCAUGUAUAAUUCUGUUGAGGAGUUCUUGCAAAAUAACAAUAACCUAAUGCCUAUAAGUAAAGUUGUUGGGGAAAUCCAAAAAGCUACAGGCCAAGAUUUUGUCAAUGAAGUUGCUACGAUUAGAAGAACUCAUCGUGUCAAUGUGGUAUAAUUGAUUGGCUUUUGUGUUGAAGGAUUAAAACGUGGUCUUGUGUAUGACUUCAUGCCUAAUGGUUCUCUUGAUAAAUAUAUUUUUCCUCGAGAAGGAAAUACAAGUUUGGGUUGGGAAAGCCUAUACAAGAUUGCUUUGGGGGUGGCUCGUGCGAUUGAGUAUUUACAUCAAGGUUAUGACAUGCAAAUCUUACAUUUUGACAUCAAGUCUCAUAACAUUCUUUUAGAUGAGAACUUCAUCCCAAAAAUCUCUAAUUUAGGUCUUGCUAAGUUAUAUUUGACAGAAAAUAGGAUUGUGAUGCUAACUGCAGCAAGGGGAACACUAGAAUAAAUGG